AAUUUGGAAACUAUCAAGAGGUGGCAAUACAAAUAUUGGAGGAGUUUCCUCAUUUGGAAAAAACUCGAAUCUCGGAAAAGGCACCAAAGGAGUCCUACUUCUUUUGGCACAACGGAGGUUUGGGCAAAGGACCUCACACAGGCCUGAUCGAAACGAGGGUAAGCAACAUACGGAAGGACUUACUGCCCGAAGAUAGGCUGUUUCGGCGAACUAAGAAGGACAUCAUUAUUGUGGAGGACGAAUGCGUUCGACAUGCUGCACAUCUUGCUGCACUUAUUCCUACAGCAGCAAAUGCUAGACAAAUAGCGGAAGGAAUGGCACAAACGAAUGAUUUACUAAAAUUACUCCUACAGAAAAAUAACAUCCAAGACAUUAUUGAAACAUUUCCUCACUUGCUUUCCUAUGAGGGAGAGAUGAUCAUACAGGCAUUCGAUCGAAUCCAGGCAAAUAUUUAUGUAGCUGGUGAUUUGAAAACACUACUUCGCGUAGGACUGCUCUUCGACACUACUAGCUGGAAUAUGGUAGAAGAUGAUUUUGUCAGAGGAGCUUUGAGGCUGAUGAAAAAGCUGUCAAAUAAAGGCAUCAAGCGAACCAUAAUUAUGGAAAAUGCUAGCAUGGAGGAAAUUACCGCUGCACCGUUGAUUAGAUGGACUAAAUACACGCAAACAGACAUUGGAUUUGAUGAGAAGCUUGCGGUGAAACAAUCAUCCGCAACAGUUGUUGGACCACUUAUCAUCUGCGUAGCUGAUCGAUACAAACAAGGCAAUAUGUACGUUGUCUUCAAUCAAAACGUCAUUCCUUGUGGCGAUUCAAGCACACGGGCUAUCGAGAUUUUGUUCAAAUCGUUUGCUGUGCUUGGCUUGAAAGUACCAAUGUUGCUCCGGAAACUCAAUGACAUGAUAUCGGUAAAUGUCUGGGGAACGAAACAUUACAGUAAAUGUAAAUCCGUCACAGAGCUAACUUUGCGAUACAAGGAAUUUUUGAAUAAUUCAACAGUCGAAUGA